GCGACCCCCGUCUGCGCCCCGCCCCGGCGCCAUGCACUGCGAGGUGGCCGAGGCGCACUCCGACCGGAGGCCGAAGGAAGCCCCGGGCCCCGCCCGCGGGCCCGCAGGCCUCGGCGCGCACAUGGCCUUCAGGGUUGCCGUGGGCGGUGGCUGCUGCGGGGAUGGGGACCCUCGUGAGCUGCUGCCCCGGCUGUCGGCGCCCCCGCUUCGAGCCCAGGACCUCCUCAGGCCCCGGAGCCCCCGGGACUACGGUGCAUCCAAGGCCGCCGUGGGGAAGGUGAACGGGAGCUACGGCCACUGCACCCCAGGCUCCGAGAAGAGCCUGCUGGACCUGGACCUUGCCGAGGGCCUGGGCCCCACCUGCCGUCAGGGCCUGUUUCUCUCGGCGGGAACCCCCCCAUCCAGGGGCCACCCCCCAGCCUGUGAGAGGCUGCUCCAUUUCCCCCACCCCAGCAGGUCACCCAGACCCCAGGCCACAUAUGUGAAUGGCAGCCUCCCGGCCACACAGCACAUCAAGCAGGAGUCCCUGCCCAUCUACCAGGCAAUGAUGGAAGCUCGGGUACCCCUGUCUGCCCAUUGCCGGGCCCCACCAGCCUCUGGCCCGCACACGGACCUGGACCUCCCGGGCCGAGUGCUUGCCCACUCCGCACCUUCCUGCUACCUUCUAGGCAGCGAAUCCAGCCCCGGCCUGGGCCCCCCACCUGAGGCCCACCUCCCCGAGGGCGGCCUGAAGCGCUGCUGCCUCCUGGGCCUGCCCGUCACCUCCUCAGCCUCCUCCUCACCCUGUGCCUCCUCCGACAUCACCUCUAUCGUCCGCUCCUCCCAGACUGCUCUGGUCACCUGUGUGAAUGGACUCCGGAGCCCCCCUCUACCGGGAGACCUGGGGGGCCCUCCCAAGCGGGCCCAGCUGGGCCCUGCAACCACUGAGAGUCAUGAGGGCAGUUUGCAGGUGGAAUCCUGCCGGAAGGCGGGCUUCCUGAAGCAGGAGCCAGCGGAUGAGUUCUCGGAGCUCUUCGGACCUCACCAGCCUGGCCUGCCACCCCCCUACCCCUUGCCUCAGGUGCCAUCAGGCCCGGGCCUUGGAGGCCUGGGGCUGGGCCUGGCGGGGAGGGUGGCUGGGCGGCAGGCGUGCCGGUGGGUGGACUGCUGUGCAGCCUACGAGCAGCAGGAGGAGCUGGUGCGGCACAUCGAGAAGAGCCACAUCGACCAGCGCAAGGGCGAGGACUUCACCUGCUUCUGGGCCGGCUGCGUGCGCCGCUACAAGCCCUUCAACGCCCGCUACAAACUGCUCAUCCACAUGAGGGUGCACUCAGGCGAGAAGCCCAACAAGUGCAUGUUUGAAGGCUGCAGCAAGGCCUUCUCGCGGCUGGAGAACCUCAAGAUCCACCUGCGGAGCCACACGGGCGAGAAGCCAUACCUGUGCCAGCACCCGGGCUGUCAGAAGGCCUUCAGCAACUCCAGUGACCGCGCCAAGCACCAGCGCACCCACCUCGACACGAAGCCAUACGCCUGUCAGAUCCCUGGCUGCUCCAAGCGCUACACGGACCCCAGCUCCCUCCGCAAGCACGUGAAGGCCCAUUCGGCCAAAGAGCAGCAGGUGCGUAAGAAGCUGCACGCGGGCCCUGAUACUGAGGCCGACGUCCUGACCGAGUGUCUGGCCCUGCAGCAGCUCCACGCGUCCACACAGCUGGCUGCCAGCGAUGGGAAGGGUGGCCGAGCCUUGGGCCAGGAGCUGCUCCCAGGCGUGUAUCCUGGCUCCAUCACCCCCCAUGAUGGGCUCGCACCAGGUCUUCUGCCCCCCACGCACGAUGUCCCUUCCAGGCACCACCCACUGGAAGCCACCACCACUUCCCACCACCUGUCCCCCCUGCCCAUGGCUGAGAGCACCAGGGAUGGGUUGGGACCCGGCCUCCUCUCACCCAUGGUCAGCCCACUGAAGGGGCUUGGGCCACCGCCGCUGCCACCGUCCUCCCAGAGCCAUUCUCCGGGGGGCCAGCCCUUCCCCACGCUCCCCAGCAAGCCACCCUACCCGCCCUUCCAGAGCCCUCCACCCCCGCCUCUGCCCAGCCCCCAAGGGUACCAGGGCAGCUUCCACUCCAUCCAGAGCUGCUUCCCCUAUGGCGACUGCUAUCGGGUAGCUGAGCCAGCAGCCGGUGGGGACGCCCUGGCUGGGGAGGCCUCUGGUUUCAACCCCCUGCGGCCCAACGGCUACCACGGCCUCAGUGCACCUUUACCUGCCACAGGCUACGAGGCUCUGGCCGAGGCCCCGUGCCCUACCGCGCUGCCGCCACAGCCACCUGAAGACGUCGUGUCCAGCGGCCCCGAGGACUGCAGCUUCUUCCCCAAUGGGGCCUUUGACCACUGCCUUAGUCACAUCCCCUCCAUCUACACCGACACCUGAGGAAGGCCC